CUCGGCGAGAAUUCCAGGAGAUGGAGCGGUGGGCCAUUACGUGACCUCGAUGCAGGCAGAGUUUGGGCGGAUGAGCCGUCCGCUCGCGUGCGGACGUGGGCGAAAGCUCUGACAGUUUCCGUGCAGAGACCAUUGCGACCCGCAACACUUCGCUUGUACAGUACCGUACCGUACUAUUUUGGCCUUCUUCUAUGAUGACACCACAAGCAGAUCGUCGUCGCAUCUCAUGCCCGCUGAAGGCUAUCGUGGCGAAAAUCAUUCAAGUCGUUUAAGCGGUAGAUACCGUAGCGUACGAUCAGCAGCUGGCAACCAAGUGCGCGACACACGUCUCCCGCCCUUUGAUGAAAAUCGAUCGGAUCUCUGCGCCUUCUCGCCCUGCAUUGUGCACAAAAGGCAAGGAUCUUGGAUGCAGCAUGGCCCGUCCGCCAUUGAAUCGGAAGUGUGUGCAGUAAUCCUGGUCGUCCAUGCAUUGGUACGCGAACAACACAUCCACUCGUGCCACUUCCCAUCCCUCCCUCAACGGAAUUUCGGGCCGCGAGCAGAAAUCUUUCCCUUGCCUGCUGCGAGUGUUGUUCGUCCCCCCGAUGCUUACGCUCGUCUCGUCUCGUCUCAUCUAAUCCCCUUGCUUCGCCUGGGGGCGCCACUCAAUUGCGAUGGGCACCGCACAGACUUCUUCGAUCCAUGCGCGCGCGAUGCAGCCAUCGCCAACUCCCGCGAAAACUCUCUCUCGUGCCGACGUGGACGUGCACGACGGGUCAUCUCACGAUCGGAGUCUAUUAUGCCCACCAACAGCACGCUCUGCAGGGUGAGAUCCCAAGCGGCUCAUCGAUGUGAAGAGAUGCUUAUGUGUCGAGCACUAUACAAUCACUCGGGCGCAAGCAUAACCCUUUCUGAGCAGCCAUGGCUGCAUUUGCUGGACCAACAAGCGCGCCGCAGCCGCUUCUCACCGUCAUGAAAUUCCCGCAGACGGCUUCCACGGGGCACGACGGGCCUUGAUCGUCCUCUACAAGUGUGAAAUCGACGCCCAUGCCCGUUACUUUUCCAAGAUUGUUCCCGUAGUCGAUCGUUGCGAAUCCAAUCUCGCCUCUUGCCUUUUGGCUAGCGGGAUCUCGUCUUCCUAGAUGGCGCUCAUGCUGGG